AUAUCAUUCUAUGUUUCCUGUGAUAUGCGCAUAGUAGGGAAGGAUUAUUUUGUCUAUUCCUCUCUGUCUUUUCCCCGCCGCUCUCUGCAAUUGCGUUUUUAUUCUUCUAAUAAAGAACAUAACAGUUUUACAAUACCUUUUUGCUUUACAAUCCUACGACAAUUAACCAACUUCUUCCACUAAAUACAAAUCGCUGCUUCUUGGUAAUGUCAGGACACAAUAUCCAAUCAUAAGAAGUAGAGAUGGCAAUUAAACUCGAAUCUAUGGUAUCCAAUUCGAUAUAAGCUGGUCAAAGUACGUAAAACUCAUUAUUGACAGGGUUAGGUUGGGUGCGGGCUUUACCCGCUUUUGAAAUUGACGGGUUAUGUUGGGUUAUAUUUUUCACCUGAUCCACACCGAUAAAGCAAAACGAUGUCAUUUUGUAUAUAAACGUAAUAAUAUGAAUAUUAGGGUAUUAUUAUUCUUUAUGUGUUGGUGAUGGAUUUACUGUCAUAUAUGAUCUCGAGGCUUCGAGGGGUAAAUGGUCUUUCUAGUUUCUUCAUGGAUGAGAGUAGGGGAGGAGGCGAGGUUACGUAUCUUCUCUUCGCUGAUGAUUCCCUUAUAUUCUGUGAUGCUUCUGCCGAUCAAGUUCUUAAUCUCCUUGCUACUUUGGUCUACUUUCAAUCGGUUACAAGGUCUAAAAUCAAUCUCGACAAGUCUUUGAUGUAUAUUGUUGGAGAUAUUUCUGAGCCUAGUUUUCUUGCUGCAAUUUUUAGUUGCAAUUGGAGUAGUGAACCUAUGAAAUACCUUGGGAUUCCUUUGGGGGAUCACCCGAACACCAUAUCUAUUUGGAAUCCGGUUAUUGGUAAAUAUCAAAAUUGGCUAUAGGGGUGGAGGAGUAGAUUUCUAUACUUGGGCGCUAGCUGAUUUUGAAUCAAUCCAUCCUCAACAGUUUGUCUGUCUACCACUUCUCUUUGAUGAAAGCACCUAAAACAGUUCUUAACAUAAUGGAGAAGAUUCAAAGAAGGUUCAUUUGGUGUGGAGGUAACUAGGAAAACAAGUUUCAUCUCAUUAGGUGGGACCUUUGCAUAGCAUCAAAACAUAAGGGUGGUUUGGGUGUUGUUGAUCUCGAAAGCUUUAACAAUGCUUUACUUGGGAAGUGGCUGUGGAAAUAUGCCACUGAGAAAGUUGGUGGAGGCAUCUCAUUGGUGUAAAAUACUCUAGUUCUGUUUCGGAACGGAAAACCAAAAAUAUUGAUGAAGGGUUUAGCAGUUCAGUGUGGGCUAACAUUUGCAAGGUGGGUGACCUAUUUUGGAAAGGUGCGUCUAUUGAGCCGGGUUCGGGUUCUGCUGUCUCUCUGUGGCACGACGUGUCGAUCCCUGGAGUCUUGCUGGCCAACUCCUUCCCGCGGGCUGCUGCUGCUACUCGUCUGAACGAUAGUCUGCUUGACUCCAUGUCCCGGUCAGGUGAGGAAUUUGUGUGGUAUAAUCAUUUUCUUUUUCUUUAAGGGGUGGGGCUGAAAUUGAGAGAGUGGACUGUUUAGAUAAAGUUAUGGCCAAUUCCUACAUAAUCACUAAUAGCCCUAGUCGUAUGGUGUGGAACCCAAACGCAGAUUGUUUGCUCUCUGUUAGCUCUUUCUACAGGUUUCAAGUGGAUGUCAAAUUUGUUGGGGAUGAGAACUUCAAGUACAGAUCCGUUUGGAAAAGUGUGAUCCCAACAAAAGUUUGCGGGUUUAUGUGGCUUGUUUGGCACAAGAAGAUUCUCACUCUUGACAACUUAAAGAAACGAGGUAUACAGCUGGCCAAUCGGUGUGUUCUCUGCUACACGAAAGAAGAAUAACCAAUCAUAUCAUGGUGGAGUGCUGCUUCACCAGGCGAGUGUGGGAAGAGGUGUUUAGAAACAUUAUUCGUCCGGACUUGUCUUCGGGAGAUAUCUCUAGAAUCAUCAAUCACAAGGAACCUAAUCUGGAAGGUAUUGAGGCCUAGUUCAUCUCCUGUGCCACUCAUGCGAUCUGUUGGUAUGUGUGGAAAGAAAGAAACCAUCGAAUUUUCCAGAGUCUUGUUGUCCUCAUCUGGUAGUUGCCAAAAAGAUCACAAGAACUAUUGUUGACUGGAUCUCUGCGCACAAGAAGAUCGACAAGCAGCAGGGGGUGCGCUUCCUUCAGGAUCGCCUCACUCAUUGGGAUUCUUCUGCUGGGCGAUUUGCUCCCUGGCCUGCUUUAUUUCCCUUUCUUUUGUUCCUAGUCUUUUUUCGCCUCCUCUUUUUACUCUCAUCAGAGAGGAUUCUUUGGCUCUUGUUGUCUUUCUAUUCCCCUCGUCCCACUCCUCGUGGGUCUCUGUACCCGUACUUUCGUUUGGUUAUGUUCAUUUAAUUUGAAGUUCAUCAUCAUUAUAAAAAAAUCUAAUGAUAUAGAUAAUUUAUGGAUGUAAGUAGUUUUUGUAGAGAUAUAUUUAUAGAAUUUUUUUAAGACAUUACAAUGUGGGUGUUUGAAGAAAUAAUAAACGAUUAUGUUCGUGAACCAUGGGCACCCAUUCUCACUAAAUGAGUAUUGCAUCUUUUUAAUUGGUGUCCCCGUUGAAUUGAGUUUGAAUUUAGAGAAAUUCAACCCACACUAAUUAGAAGUCAUCUAAAAAUAAAAUUAUACUGAUUACUAUUUCCGUAAUUGGGAGGAUAAGAAUUGGAUUUUCAAUGGGUGAAUUUAAUUGGGUUUCUAUAUAUCAAUAAUAAUGAGGUUUUGAAUAAAUUAUAAGAUUCUAUUUUUUGUAGGAAACAACACAGUAGGCUAAAAAAUGUAAAAAACUUACAAAGGCAGAGUGAGAUCAAAAUGAUUUAUUCAUUAAAGCGCGUAAUUUAAAAUUUAUCUUUCAAUUUUAUUUUCUUUUGUUUCUAUGUAUUCCUGAGUUGUCUAAGUGCAAAUUUUAUUAUGAACAUUGUAAAUUUGUAACAAAUUUUCCUAACUAAAAUGAAGAGAUGUUAAUACUCUUUUAUUUUUUAAACAAAUGAAAACAUAAAUAAAUGUAGGCUUUGUGACAAAAUAAAACGUUACUCACAAAGAAAAGGAAGAUCUGGACAAUCGGUCGGGGUUCAUGCUAGUCCAAAAUAAGGUAGGAGAAAAACAGAUGGUAUUGUAAUCCAAAUUCUUUGGGCUUCCAAGUGACAAUUCAUGUGGGCCAUUAAAUGGGCAUCCUGGUUAUAUUUCGGCUUAGCAAAAUACUAGUGAACCGGCCCAAUUCGGUGAGCCUAGCCUCUUCAUUUAGUUCUUGGAGCAACGGCCCGACUUCCUGCAUUGUGUACGACGUCUUUUGGAACACAUAUAUGUAGGAUAGUCUAUUCAUUAUGAGUUUCAAAAAACCUAGUUUUAUUGUAGGCAAUAUAUCUUUUUCUAGAUGAGUGUAGGGUUCAGGGGCGGAGUUAGGAUUUAGCAUUCGGGGGGGCCGAAAUUUUCUUAAUAUGUUACAGUAAAAUGAUAAAAAAAUACUAAGAAUCAAAAUAUUUUCAAAUGCUAAUUUUAUUACAACGACACAAAAUGUAUUAACACUAAAUUAACUAUAAAUAAAAAUUAAUAAUGCAU